GCGGCGGUUUAUACAUAGCUGAACUGUACUCGACGCUACUGAUGGAAGGUGAAAACUUGCGUCGGUGAUAAGGAAGGUCAUCAGAGCUGCUGGAGGCUGAACACUGAGCAGCAGUGAAAUCAUGGUGCUGAAGAUCUUCUUUCCACAGUGCUGUAACCGGGCGGACAGCGGGCUGCUGGUGGGCCGCUGGAUUGCCGGUCAUGACUCGGCCGUGGUGCUGGCGGUCAUCCACUACCCGUUCAUCCCCGGGCAGGUCAAACAGUACGUCCAGCAGAUGCAGGCUCAGAGUGGGGUGGAGCUGUCAGUGCUGGGUUCCUGGAGUUUACCCAAAGAUGGUCAGGAGGGCAUGGAGAGUUUCCUCAGAGACCUCAGCACCAUCUUCCCCCAGAAGUGCUGGCUCCAGAUCAGCCGCCAGAUGGGCAAGACAGGCUUCACCUGCAACAUCCUCAACCGAGCUCAGAAUGGAGGAGCAGCUCAGCAGGAGGUAACAAAGAAAAAGGAUGAGGAGGAUGUGAAGAGUGAUGGUGAGGCUGGAGGGGAGGAGGAGGACAAGGAGGAGGAGGAGGAGAAGGUGAUCUUUGUCCACUACGAGCAGAGGAAGGUGAUGCUGUCACAGCUUCACCCCAUCGAGAACGGGGUUCCCGACCCCAAAACUGAUCCACCGUCUGAGCUGAGACAGAUGUUCCAGACGGUGGCCCACAGCCAGCCUCUGUUCUUCCUGGACAAAUACGACGACGGGCCACUGAAGUCCACGCACUGGCAGUCAGAGGGUCGAGAGGCCAGCAUCAUCGUGGAGCUGCUCAAACAGGCGUCUGUCCCGCUCUGCCUGCUCCUCAGCUGCCUGCUGUCCUUAUGGACGUGGAUCUGUAACAUCCGGAUCUUCAGUCUGCACCCACUCCGCUUCCUGUCCAGUAAACUGUCCACCUGUGUCCAGCUGAGCUACAGAACCCAACACAUGAGGACGCUCAGCUCACCCAAACCUGCUGCCGGACACACACAGUUUAUGAGAAAAGCCAACAUCUUGGUGUCGUUCCUGGUGGACGUGGCUCUCGGCAUGUUGCUCAUCUCGUGGCUCUACAGAGACAACCACAUCACCAUGUUGGCAAACACACUGGUGCCUGCAGCAGAUCAUGUGGCUAAAGAGCUGGAGGAGCUGCUGCAGUGGCUGAUGGGAGCUCCUGCAGGGCUGAAGAUGAAUCGGGCCCUGGACCAGGUUCUGGGCCGCUUCUUCCUCUACCACAUUCACCUGUGGAUCAGCUACAUCCACCUGAUGUCUCCCUUCAUCGAGGGGAUCCUCUGGUACGGAGGCCUGUCAGCCUGCCUGGGCCUGACCUUUGCCCUCUCGCUGCUCUCUGACAUGGUGGCGCUGCUCACCUUCCAUAUCUACUGCUUCUAUGUCUACGGAGCCAGGUUGUACUGUAUGAAGAUCUACGGCCUCUCGUCUCUCUGGAGGCUCUUCAGAGGGAAGAAGUGGAAUGUCCUGCGGCAGAGAGUGGACUCCUGCUCCUAUGACCUGGACAAGCUCUUCAUUGGGACGCUGCUGUUCACCAUCCUGCUGUUCCUGCUCCCGACCACAGCGCUCUACUACCUGGUCUUCACUCUGUUGCGGCUGGUGGUGGUGCUUUUCCAGGGCGUCCUCCACCUCAGUGUGGAUUUCAUCAACUCCUUCCCUCUGUUCGCUGUGGGCCUCCGCAUCUGUCGGUCCUACAGACUGGCAGAGGGUGUAAAGUUCAGGGUGCUGUGUGACGAGCCGGGGACGGCCCUUCACCUGCUGAUGGAGCUCAACCCUCUGAAGUGCAGCACAGUGGUUCAGACCUACCGCACUCCCACUUACAGCUGCUACCCAAAAGAUUCGUGGGCGGCAUUGGUCAAGAAACUGUUUGUCGGGGAGCUGAUUUACCCCUGGAGACACAAAACCACCAAGGCAGACUGAGAGACACCAGCCAGAAAUGUGACAGUGAGAGAGAGAGAGAGGGAGAGAGAGAGAGAGA